AUGGCAGAGUCAAAACUACCCAGGACCCUCGGGGAAUGGGCUUCAUCCGCGACCCGGCGGGCAGUUAUCGACUCUUCUAUCCAUGACCAUCCUCAGCAGUCAGGCUCAAAGGUGGAAGAGCCCCAGUUCUUGUUGCUUCGUGCAGUCUGGCCAGCCUCUCGCGAAGCUUUUGCUUUCAAGGAGGACUGUAAAAGCAAGAGGUGGAUAGACAGUCAGAACCUGAGCAGAGCAAGCUCCUAUCUGAAUAAUCUAGACCCUUGGAACAAAUACAUCGGCUCUCUGGGCCAGCCUCAGGAAAGGAUCAUGGGAGGAACUUUCGCACUGGUCCACUACUACCAAAGGCUCUCUACUCGGCCAAACAAGAAGCCAUCCGGGAACGCAUUUUCCAAGGUUGAUUUCAGUCCUCGAGUGACUCGGAGCCAAGCUCGCCGCAACCUUCCCCAGCGCCCUGAAACACCCACUCGUGCCCCUAGAGGUGGAACGAACGUUUCUGAUGCCAUGGACAGUGUCAUGGACCUGUUGGAGGAUCUGAACCUUGGCCCAGAUGCUCCAAACUACUCCUCAGGUUCAAGUCCACUGAGCACACUCUCCGGUCACUCACCCACCUCGGGAGAGAAUGCAAAGAAUGUUCAGACCGAGGAUGAACAGAUCGUGAAUACCGCCUUGAUACUACUCCUCAAUGCCCUCACGCUUCAUUGCGAUCUUGUGCAGGGCGAGUGGUCCCUCUAUCGGCAGCCUUUUGUGGUGAAAAAAGCCAACGAUAAAGUCUACGAAGCACGCGUGGAUGGGCUUUUGCGAAUCAACCACAAGAACACCCGCGCUAUCAUUGAAGUUAAGCCUUUCAUUCGGAAUGCGUCUCCAGAGAUCCUUGAUGGAAUUCGCAUGCAAGAAACAGCCCAGAUGGCGGCCUGGAUAGCCCAAGACCCUCCACCCCUGACUGGGCCUGCGUCCAAUAGAUUCACACGUCUCCUGGUCUCCCAGGAUCACGGCGAGAUCUAUCUCAUCAUUGCAAGUUUCAAUGCCGAGUACGUCGAGUACAUCUGUGCCCGCAGCGUUCGAAGUGCAACCAAGGAUUCAUUUCUCGAGAUGAACGAGUAUGGCCCGUUCUUCGUCAAAGAUUCCAAGCACAUGAAGCAGUUAGGAACGAUCCUUCUGGCCGUCUCGAUUCAAGGCGGCUUAUAG